ACGCCCGGCUGCGUGCAGCUCGGCUAUGGCCACCUCACGGCUCAAGCGCAAGCUCGACCAGGCCGACGACGGCCGGUACGGCAACCUCACCGAGAGCUUCGUCUCGGUCGGCACCGCCCUUCCCUCGCUCGCAGACCACAAGAAGGACACGAAUGAGUUCGUCCCGCCGUGGGAGCAGAAGGUCUUCGAUGAGCAGGGCAGGCGGCGGUUCCACGGCGCGUUUACCGGCGGCUUCUCGGCGGGCUACUACAACAGCGCCGGCUCGAAAGAAGGCGAGAUGGACGCCGUCGACCUUCAAUUCAUGGACGACGAGGACCUCGCCGAACUGGCCUCGGCGCGCACGCUCGAGACCAGCUCCGCGUACGCCUCUUCCUCUCGCCCACCUCAAGCGCAGCCAUCAGCCUCGACCUACGACCCGCUGCUCGGCAACUUUGGCCCCCUGCUCGGCGCCUCGUCCGCCGCACCCGGCGCUGCAGCGCCCUCCUCAUCCGCCUUCGACGACACGCUCGCGUCGCUCAUCCAGCCUGCGUCCUCACGCGUCGGCCUCAAGCUCAUGCGCAAGAUGGGCUGGCGCGAGGGCCAGGGCGUCGGGCCGCGAGUGACGCACCGUCAGCGGCAGAAGCAGGCCGCCGAGCUCGGCGUGCGGCUCGACGCCGACGAGGGCGACGACGACGAGCUCGACAAGCACUACUACGCGCCGCUCGACCGCCCGCUCACGCUCGUCAAGGGUACGAGCGCGUCGAUGGACAAAGGGUGGGGCUUGGGCUACCAGCCGAGCGCGAGCCUCGACCAGCGGCUCAAGCAGGACGGCGCCGCCUACUCGUCGUCGGCCCGAGCGCCGGCGUACGAGCUCGACGAGGAGGACGUGUACGGCGGGUCGGGCAUGGGCGUCGGCGCGAUGGGCGAGCGGCAGAAGCGGGCGAUCGGCAUCUACGACGAGGACGACGACGGCGACUCGUUCGGCUCGAUGCGCUCGAGCCGGGACAAGCGACGUGAGCAGCCCAAACGCUCCGUCGCCGCCAAGGAGAGCUUCUUCGACGGCACGCAGGUCUUACCCGGCUUCAAGCUCCACCGCGAGCCCGUCGCCGGCCCCUCGCAGUCGCACGUUCCGCCUCCUCCGCCGCCAGGCUGGCGACCCGACCCGUCUCGGCUGUGGAAGGAGAACCAGUCGCCGCCGGGCGCGCACGACAUCAAGGGCAAGGGCAGGCAGCUCGACGCGGACGAGCGUGGAUCCCUUCUCGGUGAGCGGCAGCCCGCUCCUCCGCCCGACCUCCCCAAGUCGGUUUUCGACUACCUGUCCGCCAAGAGCCGCGAGCGGCUUGCCUCCCUCACGAGCGCACCCGGCGGCGGCCCUCCCUCAUCCGGCGCAAACGCUUCAGCCUCGUCGACGACCGCGCCGUCCAUGCCCGAGCCCGACGAGGCGUUGUUCGUCCCUCCUCUCGACCGUCCGACCGCCCAAGCCGCCCUGCGCGGCUUCCAGCCCUACUCGGCCGCCUCGACGUCGCCCGACCCCGUCAAGCAGGCGCGUUACACGCUCUACCUCCAGUACCAGGCGUCGGGCGAGGCCACCUCGACCUCGUCGCCGUUCGGCCCUCGCACGGUCCCCUCGUCGGGUCGGCAGCAAACCGUCGCCGAGCUCAACCGCGAGCUGUCCGAGUACGCCCAGUCGGCGCGCGUCUUCAAGCCCGUCGGCGGCAUGCUCGGCUCGCGGUUCCAGUCGAGCGUGAGCGCGUCGCUCGACAUGCCCAAGGUCGAGCCGGGCCUGUACCAGCCGCCGCCCAAGGCCGCCAAGACGGGCAACGCCGUCAAGGACGUCUAUGGCGACGCCUCUUCGUCAUCGACCAACGACCCGCCUCGUCUCCCCGAGCCAGAGCUCACCCCGGCGCAGCAGGCUGCACGAGCCGGCAACUUUGGCCCGGGCACGACACGCACGACGCGGCCCUUCCGCCCGGCCAAGCUCCUCUGCAAGCGCUUCGGCGUCCGCGACCCGAACGAGAACGCGUCAGGCGUCGAGUCGGACGGCGUCGGCGGCGCCUGGGGCGAGGCGACGGCCAUGGGCUGGGGCGGCGCAGGAACGGGCUCGGCGCAGGGCGCCGCACAGCCGGUCGGCGAGGGUGCGCUCGACGAGAUGAUGCGCAGCGCCGGCUUCAAGCGGUUCCAGGCGGCGGCGCAGGAGGAGGCGAGCGUCGGCGAGGACGCGCCCGAGGUCGCCAAGGGCGCCUUCGAGACGCGGUCCGCCGGCGGCGGCGAGGCCGGCACCUCUCGCCGCAAGGUGCCGCCGACGAUCGAGACGGUCGGGUACGGCGACGACGAGGAGCAGGGCAAGGAGAUCCUCGAGGAGAAGCGCGCGCCGCAAGACAUCUUCGCGGCCAUCUUUGCCGACAGCGACGACGACGACGACGGCGACGACGACAACGACAACGACAACGACGAUGACGACGACGAGCCUGCGCCGGCCGUCGUGCUGUCCGUCGACCCUGUCCACCCCGCCGCCGCAUCGACCACCUCCGCCGACCCCUUCGCGCCUGCACCCGCUCCCGCACCAGUGCCCGCUGCUCGUGCCCACGACGAGCCGCCUAUCCCUCUCUCCCUCGACACCCUCACGUCCUACAAGCCCGCCUUCGUCCCGACAUCGUCGCGCACGAGCAGCGACAAGAAGGACGAGGCCGACAAGGAGCGCGACAAGAAGAAGCGGGACAAGAAGCGCCGGGCCACCGUCGGGCUCAGCUUCGACCUCGACGAGGGCGGCGAGGACGAUGCGGCGGCGGCGGCGAAAAAGAAGCCUCGCCGGGAGAAGGACCGGGGCAGGGAGAAGGAGAAGGGCGAGGACAGACGGCCAAAGCGCGACGAGACGGAGCACAGGCCUGCUCGAAUCGUCGAGGACGACGAGUGGGCAGAAGCGCCUAGCCGAGUGCACCCGGACGUGCUCGCCGCCGUGGGGGGGCCGGCGGCCAGCACGAGGCGCGACGAGCCGGCGGUGCAGCGGGACGAGGCGCCGGCGCAGGGACGCAGCGGGAGGAUGAAGGCGGCCGACCUGUACUGAACAAUGUGCAACGUCGACAGUCCCUCUCUC